CAGUUUCACUUUCAUGAAAAACAUGACAAAUCACUGGGCACGCUGCAUUCAGAUAACUUCCUCUUGCUGUACGUUCUGUCAAGCCACUGAACUGGAAAAGCAGAGCAUGAAUACAGACUACAGCUCAACCCGAUGAUGUAAUUUCUCACUUUGUCAAAUAAAUGAGACAGCAUUUAUGGACAGCACUAUGUCUAUAAAUGCAUCACAUCAGAUCUCGAACUGCUCCUGUUCCACUAACACCGCUAAGUGGGAUGAUGCUAUGAACCAGCUCUACACCUACUUUUACCUUAUUAUCUUCAUCCCAGGCCUGCUGGGCAACACUUUAGCUCUUUGGGUGCUGUGCAGAUUCAUAAGCAAGAAGACAAAAGCCAUUAUCUUCAUGAUUAAUCUGGCAGUGGCUGACCUGGCUCAAGUCUUAUCUCUGCCUCUUCGGAUUCACUACUACAUCCAACAGGAUUGGCCUUUUGGCAAGGAGUUAUGCCUCUUAUGUUUUUAUCUGAAAUAUCUUAACAUGUACGCCAGCAUUUCCUUUCUGGUGUGCAUCAGCAUCCAGCGCUGUGCCUUUAUCUUGCACCCAUUCUGGACCAAGAAAUGGAGGCGCCGCUAUGACGUUUGCAUCAGCAUUGUAGUGUGGGUUAUUGUGAGUAUUUCCUGUUCACCUUUUAUUUUAAUGAGGAAGGGAAAUUCAGAAAAUCCCAAAAGCUGCUUCAAGGACCUGCCAAUGGUCAAACUGGGUUUUUACUCUGCCAUUUCUAUGAUGGUCGCUGGAGAACUCUUGGGAUUUGUGGGCCCGUUGAUUAUCAUUGGCUUCUGUACCUACUUCAUAGUGAGCUCUUUGAAAAAGAAUUACUCAUGCCAGCAGUCCACAUGUGACAAUAAGAAGGCCUUGAACAUGGUCGGUGUCUGCACAGGAGUCUUCUGUUUCUGUUUCGCCCCCUACCACAUCAACUUUCUGCUCUAUCUGAUGGUAACCCAGUGCUUUAUUACAAACUGUGAAUUUACUUUGGCCGUCAAAAGGUUUCAUCCCAUUUCUCUUUGCAUGGCGAGUCUUAACUGCUGCCUGAACCCACUCAUUUAUUACUUCCUGACAACUGAGUUCAGGAAGCAGAUUUCCCGCCAGAACAUAUCUGUGCUUCGAGGCCGUCUUUUGAGCAUGGAAAGAACAUCUUCCUAUAGGGAGUGAGAAUUGACUAGCAUGUAUAUUAACCCCACAAAACAUUGACGUGGUAGUUUCAGUAGCAUUUUCUGCUGGCAGCAAAACUCACUUAGUAAAUGCUCCUAUGGGAGUCCUUAGCAUUUCAGGGAAGAGACAAACAACCUUUACAGUCGUAUGGGUUGGAGAAGUUGUUCACAAACCUGGUCCUCAGGCCCCCCUCCCAGAAUUUUUUAAAUCUCUCCCUUUGUUCUCUACCUAAUUCAAAUUAUCAACUGGUAGUGUGUUAAUAAGGGAGAUUAUUCACACACUAACCAACGUUCAGAGAGGGUCUGAGGGGUAGAAUCACGUGUUAUAUAAAGGGAGACAUCUAAAGCAUUCAUGGGGGGGAGGCGAGGACGAGGGUUCAGAACCACUGGGUUGGAGGAUAGGUUGGUUAAUUUAGAAAUAUGCUGUUGUUUAUAUUAUUAAUUGUGGUGAGGAAGCCAUGACGAGAGCCGUGACUGAUAUCAACGUGAUUGAUAGUUGGAAUCAGCUGUGGGCACACUGGUCCCUCAUAUCUCACGGAGGAGUUCGGGAGCAUAAAAGGACGAAUCGUCAGGACUGCCGGGGAGAGAGGACCGAGCCCGGACAUGUGUUUAGUUUGUAUUUAUGUUCUUGUGGGCGGCAGUCAACCGUGAGGUGGCUGCCGGCAUUUUCCUUCCCUGUUUUUGUUUGUUUAUUUUUAAUUAAAGUGGUUUGUUUAAUGUU